AGGAUGCCAUGGACGUGCCCCGUACCAAGGAGAAGGCAGCAGAUCAUGUCAUGAAAGCGCAGGAGACCGCCCUGACAGCCCUGCAACAUGGCUACAAGCUAACUGCAGGACAAAAGAAGCUCAUAGACCGCAUGUCUCCGAAGGAGAAGAAGGAAAUGGAACAACGAGUUACGAAGUUACGUGCUAUGCAAGAGAAGGCAUACAUCGAACAGUUACGAGCGAAGAACCAGGUAGUGACACGACCUGAUGGAGGUGAAGAGCUCAUCUCCACCCCUCAGAAGACUGUCCGAUUUCCUAUUUCGCUAAAGAAGACAAUGCCAACAGCUUGGCUCCCACAGUAUAAAAUUUUCCAUAACUUGACCCACUACCCAUGGGCAAACCACAGGGCCUGUGCCAACUAUAGCAACUCCUUCAGACCACCAGAUUCCUUACCUACCAGAGCUCUUGCCUCUUUCCCAUCUUCAGGCAAUACUUGGAUUAGGUACUUGAUUGAGGGAGCAACAGGCAUCUUUACUGGAUCCCUUUAUGAUGACAGCUCACUGAUAAGAAAAGGGAUGUAUGGUGAAGGUGUUAUGUACAACUCUGGCAUGACAAUUCUGCAGAAAAGCCAUGGAUACACAACAGGAGAUGCUAUGAAACUACCACAUGAACAAAGGAUAAACCAGAAUCACAUGGACGAGUUAAGUCAUCAGGGUGUGCUGAUAAUACGCAACCCUUUUAAAGCUCUCAUCUCCCACCGGCACUUGGAUGUCGGUGGCCAUACAGGUUAUGCUCCCAAGGCUCACUUUGUUGGCAAAGGUUGGGCAGAAUUUGUUUCACUGAAAAUUCAGUUGUGGAAAGACUUCUAUAUGGACUGGCUGACACAUAGCAAACCAGAGGACAUUCACAUAAUACAUUACGAGCACCUCAAGCAGAACCCAGUAGAAGAAAUGCGUAAAGUAAUACAGUACUUAAAACUUGACGAGAACAGUGAUCGUCUCUACUGUCUUGGUCAGCACACUGAUGGCCUUUUUAAGAGGAAACCAUCCAAAAAUGUGCCCUUAGACCUAAACCCCUACACCCGUGAACUGAAAGAUCUCAUUUAUGAAGCCAUCGAUGAACUAAAUAAUCUUCUUCAAGAAAAGGGCAAAGAACAGCUACCCCUUCAAAUUUAUGAACUUUAUAACAAUCAUGAGGCUGAAGUUGCAAGGUACAUUAGAGUGCAUUCAAAAAAUAGCUAAUUGUGGUUAAAAUUAUCAUACAAAUUUUCGGUGUUUUGUGAUAAUCAUACUGAUAUCUGGAACCAACUCUACAGGAAAAUGUAAGUUGGAAUAUAUGUUUUAUUUUGGAAAUCAGAUCUGAAAAUAUUCUGAAAGAAAAUCCCAUGAUUUCGCCUGUAUUAUUUUUUAUUUUUUAUUAUUUUUUCUAAUAAAGAGAGAAUUUACUUAUUUUAUAUGGAUGAUAAACAUCCAAUUGCAGAUAUCAUAGAAAGGUUAGGAGAGUUUUAUUAUGGUUUUCUUACCUCACAUAACCAGCUCAAAAUAGGAUGGUUUCCAGAAAACUGAUUAUUACUUUCUCAUUAUAUAAGUAACACUAUCUCUAGGCCAUAAUUCAUGAAUAACUUUUGAAUUACUUGUGCAAUUUCUGCACUCUUGUGUGGAUGAAUCUAUUACAUUAAUUUGUAAUUAUUUAACUAGUCUGCUCUUCAAAGUAAUAUAAUAUGAUUUACUGUCUCACUCCAUUAUGAAAUAGUGGUGCUGUCUCUUAGACACACCUGACAUGAAAAAAGAAAUCCUGUUUGAAAAAGUGGGGAAAACAAGAAAAAAAAGAAAAGAAAAUGUUUUCUCUAGAUCAAUGCUUUAAUGUCAGCAAAUCCAGUGAGUUCCAAGAUAUCUUUACCUCCCGUUGUGCUGUGUUACCUCCAGGUGUGUGUGGCAUGAACCUACCAAAAGUGCCUUGCCGUGCACCACAAGGGAUGUACUGGCUUGAUGGAUCUUUGUGUAGAUCUGCAUACCAGGCAUUUCCUUUUUGAAGUGAUAAAAAUGUACAUAAUUCUAUGAUACUGUACCUUUUCUUUGGUUUCUUGUCAUACAUUCAGAUUACAUCAUAACAGUUCAUCUGUCCUUUACCCAUUACCACAAAAUCGUGAUGUCAUACAUGUAAACAGUUCCAUUAUGUUUUUUGAACUUUUAUGAAUUAUGAAUGAAUUUAUGAAUUUUGAAGGGAAAAGAGGUUUAGGUGGUUAAUACUAGUUUUCAUUUUCACUUUUGUAUACUCACUGUCUUUCUUCAGUUUGUAUUAAUUUGCUCUAUUCUAUUCAUUUCCAUGCUGUUAUAUUUACUAUAUUCAUUUAGUUUCAUGAAUUUUUGUUUAAAUUCUCUUUUACAUUGCAUGGAAGAAUGUGGUUAUUUUUAUUCAUUUUCUUUACCAUUUUUUGUCUUAUUUAAUUUUCUUAGACUGGUGCUGUUAUAAGCUUUGAAAGUUAAAUAAUAAAUCAAAAAUAGGGAAAGAUGCAGAGGUGGGCAAACUACUCACAAACUUGUGGUUUAGCUAGUAGUUGCCGGCCAAUUAUAUCACUACUUCGGCAUGCCUGCUGAUCAGGUCCACUUACCUGAAGAUGUCUAAGGACCCAUUCACAUGACAGGUAGUGCUUGCACAGGCUAAACCAUUACUAAUCUCUAAUGGCUGGCAGAAUGUGAAAAAAAAGUUACCUGAACAGUUGAAUCCUGUGCACCCAAAGGUAAAACACACUUAUGUGUGCCCAAUGGCAGACAAUCAAGUUUGAGUCUUGGUGUUAGGCAUUUCAUGUUAAACAGUAGGCAUGGCCAUUUAUAUGACUUGCCUGUGGUUUCUCUGCUUAUCCAGUCUUGGACUGAGGUCUGGUAGCCAUUGAGAUUUGGUAACAAUGUUUGCCCAUAUGGGCGCUACCCUGUUUUGUGAACGGGCCUUCAAAGUCAUUCUCUUGUCCCUAUGCAAGGAAGUACAGAAGUGAAACAUUUACAUAAAUUUACAUUUCAAGGAUUCAAGAUCAAUUUGUGAUCUAUAAAAGAGCAUUUCCUUUCACUCUUGAUAACUUCCAUCUACACUGAAUAUACUACAAUUUCCCCUUAGCAAACUUGGUUAAUAUUAAAUUCACAAACUCAUAUUUUUGUUAUUACAGAGUCAUGAUCAUCCUACAGCACUUACAGCAGGCUAAAGAAUUGGCCUGUUGGAGUACAUUUGUCAAUAUUACAUAAUCAUUCACAUUUUUGCAUGUGUAUAUAUUAUACUGUAACUGUUUAAGCUUUCCUUGUGAAUAAAAUGAAUAUAAAUUUA